GUGUCUAUUUGAAAUCAACUCGAAGCCAUCAAGAAAUUGUCAAGAAAAACACGGAAGUGGAAGACAUAAUUUCGACGGAAGAUGUUACGGUCCGUGAAGAUCCAAGAUCUAAACUCUCACAUUGUGUGCGUGUUAUGUGGUGGAUAUUUAGUGGAUGCUACAACUAUUGUCGAGUGCCUGCAUUCUUUUUGUCGCAGCUGCAUUGUAAAAUAUCUCCAAGCAUCUUAUCACUGUCCUGUUUGUGAUGUUGAAGUCCACAAGACUAAACCACUGCUAAAUAUCAGGUUAGCAUCAAGGCCAGACCGAACUCUCCAAGAAAUUGUCUUUAAACUCGUUCCUGGGCUGUAUCAAGCUGAGCUCAAGCUUAGAAAUGAAUUCGAAGAAAAGCAACGAGAAGAGAACAAGCCGCCAGAGGAAAACGAGGCCGUGAAUGAAGUCACGGAGAAAAAUGAGAUUGAAAUGGAUGAUCCAGUUUUCAUCACUCUGGAAUACUACAGGAGCAAGAGAAACUGGUCGGAAAAUCAGAUUUUUCCUCCUCGUUAUCUACGAUGCCCUUCUGCGGUGUCUGUUGAUGUGCUGAAAAAAUUCCUUGUAGCCAAGUUCGCCAUACCUAACACGCAUCAGGUUGAAAUGAUCCGUAGUGAUGAAAUACUAGACGAUCACCUGACCAUGAGAGAAGUUUCCCGGAUGUACGGGCUAUACGCUAAGUCCUUUCUUGAUCUAGAGUAUGCUAUCCUGGGACACUCGACAACAGAAGAACCCUCUAUACCAAACAGAGUAAAAUUAGACAUCUCUCCAUGGAAAAAGAUCAAGAUUAAGAAGACGAAAAAGAGAAAUAAGAAACUGAAAGAAAUGACGGAAAGAGAACUCUUACCAAGAAACGAAACUGUUACUGAAUCAAAAAGCAAAGUACCAAGUUUACAAAAUAGUGUCGAUGGACUCUUUUUGCAAAAUGGAAAAACACCAACCUUUCCCUAUGCACCCCCGAAUGUUGAUGACAUGCCAGCCUUGAAACAGAUAAAUGCGCCCGUAUGACGUCACACGAGGAGCACGUGAUCACUGCGUGUCAUGAAUCGACAGAUCGGUACGCACGAGGGUACACGUCCCUGCAACUAGUUUCCGACAACUUCCCCGUUAAUUCAAGGAGUUCAAGGGGUGUUCCAAGCGUUUAGUUUGUACACGGGGUGCGUCAGCUCAGUGAGAUGAAAAUAAAGGCGACGAGGAAGG